AUGACAAAAACGAGUAAACGACAACAGAAGAACAAGCAUGUGCAAAGCCUUCGUAGCAAAGCCGGCGGCUCAACUUCGGGUCAGGCGAGCGGUCUGGACUUGCUUUCAGAUGAGCUCAAGCAACAGUAUGAGGAGUCGGGCAUCGACCCAUCUCAGCUGAUCGUCGCUCAAAGCUCCAAAGCGAAAGGCGCAAAGCAGGGCGGCGCUGCAAAUGGCAGCGGCCGGCAGGCACCAUCCGCCACGCAGGAGCUCAGUAAGUCUCAACUGCGCAAACUGAAGCAGAUCCAACAGAAGAAGGAGCGUCGGGAGAACCUGGCGCAGGUCUUGGCCCAGCUGCACACCCACGCCGCCAGCGACACUGCUUUGGCGCUCAUGCGGCCGCUGCACCAGCGCGGGCACCGAGAGACCAAGAAGCAGCGGCUGCGGAGGGAGCUGCAGCUGCAGAGGGCUGGGCUGGAGGGGGAGCAGCUGGCGGAGGUGCUGGGGGCCACCGGGGGUGGAGGAGGAGGAGGAGGAGUGAGCGAGCUGCUGCGGCAGCGCACGGUGAAAGGAGCGGUUGCUGGGGCGAGCAGUGACAGUGACGAGGAGGACGAGGAGGAUGAGGAGGAGGGCCGUGGAGCAUCAGAACAGCGGAAGCCGCCGGCAGCGGCAUCUGCCGUACAUGCGGCGGCGGUACGGCAAGGGCCCAGCGGCGAUGUAAAGAGCGAUGACAAUGAUUCUAGUGAGGGCGACAGGGAAGAGGGGGAGGAGGAGCGGGAGCCCCAGGGAAAGCGCGGGCCGGCGGCAAAAAAGCGACGCCAGGAUGGCGGCAACGGUGGCGGCAGCGAUGCCGCGGACCCCGCUGCCGCCGGACGGGCGGCACUCCUGGCGGCUCGGCUUGAAGCGAAGCGCAUCCGCGCACAGGAGCUCGGAGGUGUCGUACCUGUCGUGCAAGACGAGCAGCUGCGUGAUCCGGAGGUGGCGGCGGCGCGGCGGCAGGCCGCCGCCGCGGCGGCGGCGGCAUCGCAGUUUCCGCACCGAGUGGUUCACGUGUCGCGGCCGGCAGCGCUGGCGGCGGCGCGGCUGGAGCUCCCCAUUAGCGGCAUGGAGGCUGAUAUCAUGGAGGCGGUGGCGGCGCACGACGUUGUCGUACUGGCGGGGGAGACGGGAUGCGGCAAGACCACGCAGGUACCCCAAUUCCUUCUUGAAGCUGGGUACGGCUGCCGUGACUUCCCCGAGAAGGCUGGGGCUGUCGGCAUCACGCAGCCGCGCCGCGUGGCAGCAGUUAGUACGGCACAACGCGUGGCGGAGGAGCUUGGAUGCGGCAUCGGGGAAAUGUUCAUGACCGACGGCAUUUUGCUUCGGGAGCUUCAACUUGACUUUCUCCUACGCGGCUACAGCGCCAUAGUGGUGGAUGAAGCGCACGAGAGGGCGCUCAACACGGACCUAUUGCUGGGUGAGCAACUGGCCUCGUGUGCGUCUUUGCGCCGCCGCAUGUGGCGGGAGCGGCAAGAGGCGCUGGCCCGUGGCGAGCGACCCACGGGUCAGGUCGUGUACCCGCUCAAGCUUGUCAUCAUGAGCGCCACUCUGCGUACCUCGGACUUCACGGACAACAAGCGCCUCUUCGCCAUGCCGCCACCCGUCAUUAAUGUGCCUGCUCGGCAGUACCCUGUGACCGUACAUUUCAGCCGCCGUACGGCAAUGGGGGACUACGUGUCGGCGGCUUUUCGGAAGGUCACACGUAUCCAUGCGGAGCUCCCCCCAGGUGGCAUUCUGGUUUUCCUCACCGGUCAGAGGGAGGUGGAGCAGCUGUGCAAGAGGUUGAACGCGCACUAUUCGGCGCGGGGUCGCAGGGCGGCGGCGGCAGCCGCCGCAGGUGGAGGCGGAGGCGGAGGCGGCAACGAGGAUGCGGAUGGGGACGGAGAUCGGGAGGAGGAUGGGGAUCUGGCGGCAGCGGCGCCAGAGCAGUAUGGCGGCGGCGGCGACGCGGCGGAGGUGGCGGGGGAUGCCGCGGAGCGGCGGCGACGAGGCGGCGGCGGCGACGACGAUGUCGAUGAUUACGGGGAGCUCAACGGGGGGGGCGAGGAGGGCGAGGAGGAGGACGAGGAGGAGGUGCAGGUGUUGGGCGGCGACCAGUUCACACCCGAGGAGAUUGCCGCAGCGGAGCGACGGUUCGAGGAAGAGUACGGCAAGUCGCUGGCGGCGCCGUCAGCUGCCGCCGCCGGCGGUGGUGGCAGUGGCGGCGGUGGUGCCGCGGGGCGGGACGGCCCGCAGGGGGGUUCCGCGCCCGUGUAUGUACUGCCGUUGUACGCCAUGCUGCCGCAGGCUCGUCAGGCCAAGGUGUUUGCUCCGCAUCCCCAAGGCCAUCGCCUCAUCAUUGUCGCCACCAACGUCGCGGAGACCUCCCUAACCAUACCCGGCAUCCGGUACGUGGUAGACGCCGGCCGCAGCAAGCAGAAGCUUCUCGAGGACUCCUCUGGCGGGCAGGUGGCCCGGUACGAGGUGCAUUGGAUCAGCAAGGCCUCAGCCGCUCAGCGGGCGGGGCGGGCGGGGCGAACCUGCCCGGGCCACACCUACCGCCUGUACAGCUCCGCUCAUUUCAACGACACGUUUCCGGAACACUCUCCGCCCGAGAUUGUCAACACGAGCCUGGAGGGGGUGGUGCUGGUGAUGAAGAGCAUGGGCGUCGAUAAGGUCCACAACUUCCCCUUCCCCACCCCCCCUGAUCCCGAGGCCCUGCGAGCCGCGCACCGCUGUCUGGAGGCCUUAUGUGCGCUGAGUCCGGGAGAUGGUCAGCUGACAGAUAUCGGCAGGGCGAUGGCGGCCUUCCCCAUCAGCCCCCGACACGCCAGGAUGCUGCUGGAGGUUUUGAACUGGCACAAGAAGGCCGUCGGCGGAGUGACCGCCGAUGGGGACGACAGGUACGGCACCGGCGGCGCGCUGUCGGUUCCCGAGAAGGUCGCCCGGCGGGCCGGCCGCGCGUUGCCGUACGCUGUCGCGCUGGCGGCGGCGAUCAGCAUCGAGAGUCCUUUCGUGCACAUAGACACGGUGGGCGCGCCGGCGUCGACCGACCCUUCCGCCAACGCUGACGGUGACGUGAGGUUUAACGGCGGGGGCGACGGCGACGCCGCCGCCGCCGGCAGGAAGGGGCCUAACGGCGCUAAACGGCGAAAGAAACAAGCGGUUCCUGAAUCCAACGGGAAGCGGCAGGAUAGUACAGUAGUACGGAAACGGAAAGGUGACGGCGGCGACGGUGAAGAAGAGGACGAGGAGCGGAAUGACGAUGACGGUGAGGGCAACUGUGACGGCGGGGAGGAGGACGAUGAAGACGAGGGGGAUGGUCCCGGCGGCCGCCGCCGAUCAGGGGGUGCGGGCCCGGGGCCUGCCAGUGAAGCAGCGGCGGCGGCACGCGAGGCUGCGCGGCGGCGCCGCCAGCACGCCGCAGCCAUGCAGGCUCGUUUCCGUCAUGCCCAAUCCGAUGCGUUGUCAGCGGUGGCAGCGCUCGUUGCGUUCGAAGCGAGCGGCGAAAGCGAAGACUUCGCAUCGGCGCACUUUCUUCACGCCAGGAACCUCCGUGAAGCUGCCGACCUGCACCGCCAGCUGCUGCGUGUGCUAGCGAUGCAGCAAGUCGGCGCAACUCCUUUGACGGCGACGGCGGCUCCGUCGGCAGCAGGCGGCAGUACGCUCUCCGAGGAGCUGGCGGCGGCGGCAAAGGAGCUGGCGGCGGCGCUUGCCCUGCCAGGCGCCGCCGCCGCCCACGGUGGCGGCGGCGGCGGUUCUCCUGCGGCGGCUGGCGGCAGUGUGGCUGCGGUCCUGCCCGAGGGCAUCGCUGCGGUGCUUCGUCGAGCUCUUGCGGCUGGUUGGGCUGACCAGGUGGCGCGGAGGGUUCGCUCCUCGGAGUACUUGGCGCAGCUUGGGGAGAGCAGGCGAAAGCAUCAUGCCGUACGUUACCAGCCCGCCUGCCUGGCGGAUGAGCACGUGUUCCUGCACCCGCGCUCCGCACUGCACGGGGAUGUCCCGGAGUUGCUGGUGUACAUGCAGCUGCUGCGUACGGAAAAGCGGUCGUACAUGACGGGCCUUACGGCAAUUGAGCCCGAGUGGCUCGCGGAGAGCGGCACGCCGCUGUGCGCGCUGUCAGCGACGCCGCUGACCGAUCCACCGCCGUCGUACCGCGGUCCGCCGGUCGAUGCGGUGCUGGCGUGGCGGGAGGCGCGGUACGGCAUGCACGGCUGGGCGCUGCCGCCGGUGGCGGCCCCGCACCCUGACGCGUCGGAGCGGGCUGCUGGGUUCGCUGCAGCCUUGCUGGAGGGGCGAGUGCUGCCAGCCAUGACAGAAGUUCGCCCCCAUCUGGCGGCAUCUCCCGCCAUGCUGCUGCGUCCCGAGUUGCGAGGUGUGGCUCGUGUGGGGGAGCUGGUGGGGGCGCUGGUGAGGGCCCGGGUGGACAGCCGGAGGUCGCUGGCGGCCGCCUGGCGGUCCCAGCCGGAGUUGCUGCAGCGGGAGGUGGCGGCUUGGCUGCCCAAGACUCAACAGCCAGUGCUGCUGCGGCUGUGGCCACGACUACGGGAGCAAGCGGCGGCCACAGCUGCGGCUGCGCUCUAUGGGUUCCUGCUCAGGGAUUUGGAAAACAAGGAAUAUGCGGAAUUCAGCCACACUGUUAGCCUGCUGGGCAAAUUGCUGUUUGAUUGCGUUCGUAUUGGAGGCACCUGCCCGUCGCUGGCAGUCUCCUUGACCGCCGAGCAGCUGGCGAUCAAGCUACUACGUAUGGGCACUCUGCGCUGCUAUUGCCGGCUCGUAUCUGCUUACGCGGAUAAGAUCAUGCAGCAGGAGCACAGCGUCGACGUGGUCCACACCGAAACGCUUGACUCCAUGGGCGAGCUGUUGAACACCUGCGCGAGGUUUGCCGCUUUCGACGCCACGAACCCCACGAACCCCACCAGACGCCGUUUCUGCGACCUGCUACGCUUGGAGCUGCGAGAGACACAGGCCAUUGAGCACUUCGCGCGAGGAGUUGUUCUCCUCAUGGGCAAGUGUCCGCAUUCCACAAUUGCUAAUAUCGCACCCACACGGCAGGCUUUCGGGUGCAUCAAUUCCUGUGCCCAGCUUGUGGAGGGAGGCACCAGCGCCAUGCUACAAGAACAAGGAGUGCUCCCGGAGAACAUGACGCGCAUCCUAGAGCACACCCCAGCCAGCUACGAGCUCAUGCAAGGUCCUGGCUUACAGUUCCUCGUGCUCGCGCAGGCCGUAACCGCUUUGGCGGCAGCGGGCUACGGUGGUGGCAGGGACGACACGGCCUCGGGGGCAUCAGGUGAUGGCGCUUUUGGGCCGAGCAGCGGCAGUGACCGGAGCAAUUAUGGCACAUAUGGGCUGCCUGCAGCGGUAGCGGAGAGCAUGCCAGUUGUGAGUUGUGCGCCGCUGACGGCGUGGUUAGGAGCACGUGAUGGGUCGAUACGGUCCCCAGAGGACAUGUUACCGUCUAUGCGUCCCGAUAGCGGUACACAGCGGUAUGGAGUACUGGAACUGCACGAGGAGGUCCUCAUCGAGGCGCUGCAGGUGCUGGAGGCCGCUUUCGCGUUGGCAGGCUCUCGGCAGUCCUCACUGGUAGCGGCAGCUGCUCCUGGUGCUGAGGGUGCUGGACCGGGUGGUGGUGGUGCUGCUGCUGCUGCUGCCACCGCGGGCGGAACCGCUAACCGUCUUCGCUGGUCGUGUGUGGUGGGGCCGCGGGCCGCCUAUCAGCUUUGCAUGCGCAUGGUUGAGCUAUCUGUGGCUUCGGCAUCUGUUCGGGAGGAGAAGGAGGAUGGCGGAGCGGCAGCCACGGGGCAGUCCCCGAGUGAGGCAAGGUUCGUCCUUCAACGUGACGCUGUCUGGCACGUGGGUGUGCGGGCACUGGCCACCUCCAAGUCCCUACUUAUGGGGCCCCUGGCGGGACCGGUGGCGAAGCCUGGCUCAGCCCAUGUAGCAACGGAAGCGGAAGCAAGGACAGGGCAUGUGUCCGCCCUGACAGCGGAAUGGUGGCGGGCAGUGGCGCGGGUGCUGCAGAUGAAGACACCCGCUGCAGACCUGUGUUUGGGGGUGUCCCUGUCGACGUCCCUACACCAGAUGUUGGAAACGGUGCUUUCGAUACCGGUUGAGGGUGGCUUUUCAGGCGACCGGCCGCUCCAGCCACCGCCGGCGUUCUUCACUGCCCUGUCCGGCGGCAUCUUGCCCGCGCUGGAGGCCUGCCUGCGCUACCACGCCUCGAGGGGACCUCAGGAUGGAACCUGCGCGGUCUUUGUCCAUAUCUUCAUGCAGGCUAGCCUGCGAGACUACGAGCAAUUCGGCCUUACAGCGCCUGCGACAGGUCCAGGUUCCCCCGACAGCGUGAACAUGAACACCAGGAUGCAUCCAAGUCGCUUCUUUGAGGCCGUGCUCUCGUUCGGACCGCCGCACCAAGUGGCCCCUCUCGUUGUUACCCUACGCAAGCUGCUAGUUCGUCAGGUGGUCGAGGCUGAGGAACUGAUAACGCGGUUCGGAUUGGGAAUGAACAAUGAAUUGGCGGCCGCAUAUAUCACAUCUUCAUGUAAGAUGCGGCGGCUAGCAUGCAUCCUCAUGCAAUCCCUCCACGGCAUGGAAGCUUGGAAGAUGCUCCAGGAGGAGGGUGAGAGUGGGGAUGAGGACGGUGAAGGGCAUCGUGGUGGUCACUCACGCGACGGGAGUCGUAAUGCCAGUGGUGGUGAUGGCGAUGGUGGCGAGAAGAAGGACGCAAGUCCGGAGGACACCGCAGCGGCCGCAGCGCCCACCGUCACCGCCGCCGCUGAAACCGCCAAGCAGCAGUCGGCAGACCUCCAGAGGCCUGAGGUGCAGCAAUGGGUGCGGAUGGCAUCGUACACGGUCCACAGCUGGCUGCCCGCGCUAGUGCACAGCGCGCUGAAGGCCUUCCAGGUCCUGAAGUUGGAUCGUGACUUUGUCCGCAUUGCCAGCGAGGUAUUGCGGUUGUUGCCUGGACUUCUAUUCACGGAUUGCCCGCUGGGGACUCGAGCCGACCAUGUGGUCUUCGAUGAAGCCGGUUGCAGCUGCGGCAGUGGCAGCGCCACCAUCGUCCUCAAGCCAUCGGAGUUGUCCUCGCCGACGGGCUGGCGGGCGCUGCUGCUGCGGGAGAUGGGCGUUUUCCGUCUGUUGGAGCACGUGCUUGGGCAGUUGUGCUGCCCCGGCCGCCUGCGAUGCUUCAGCUCGAGUCGGCAUAAGGAGAAGGAAGGCGAGGACGGCAAACAUGACGAACAUGAUGGUGGCGACGAAGCAUGCGAACCUUGUUAUUGGGAGUUUUGUGAACUGUCUCUUGAUGCGCUGUUGACGGUAGCGCUGGCGGCGCCUGAUGACCUGCAGGCGCGGUUUCGCGAGGCAGAAGAGGCGGUGGAGUACUUCGAUGGCAAAGGUGGCGAGCUCGCUUGCAGAUGUGAGGUGUGCGCCCGCCGGGGGCAGGCCUCCCGAAGCCACGGCACUGCCGCCACCGCCGCUAAACCGACGAAGACAGCGGGGUUAGGUGGCUGCAGUUUUAGCAAGACCAUCUGGGGCUCCCCGUCGCUGGGUAUUAUUGUCACGCUCGCCGCAAAGUCCGGCAGAGGAGGCUUGGAGAAGUAUGCAAGGGGGAUAGUAGUCGCACUGUGCCAGCUGCGCCGGAACGAGCGGCGACAGUUCAUGAGGCAGAUUACGACGCUGGCCAACAUGCGGCGCUUUGCAUUAUGCUGCCCGAAACGUGCCUGGCUGCGGCCGCCGGCCGAGGUAAUGACAAUGUCGGUGGGCAAGGGGAAGGGGAAGGAAGUGGUUGGCGAGGCCGGCAAGGUGUUGUUGCCGCCCCGCUUUUGCAACAACCCGCAGUGCACCAACUUUGAUGGGCCCAGCGAGGCUGAUUUGGGGUUUAGCGCCUGCGGUGGCUGCCGUUCCGUGUCCUAUUGCUGCCGCGCCUGCCAGCAGCAGCACUGGCGUGCAGGUCACAAGGAGGUGUGCACCCGCAUGCGCGGGCAGGUAUGA